AAUUUUGCCGCAUAUUUGGCGCAUUGCGCUUGCGUAGAUUUUUUCGAGUCAUGACGACAUCUCUAUCGAUAUAUCAAUGAGGUAAUCGAUUUUUGCAAUAAACUGUGUUCGAUUGUUUACUGUGUGAUGAAUAUCUGCAGAGAGUGGUUGGUUGUUUCGUGUUUUCUUUUUGGAGGAUUAUAAAAUACAUCCGGUUCGAAAAUGUGGCUGAUUGAAAAAUAAAGUGAACUAUAUUAGAACGGAUAAAAGUUUGAUAAAAAUGGGUAAACCAAAUGGACCUUGUUGGUGGUGUUUGAAAGCCCUCAAAUGGAUACCCGUUAUCUUUAUCAUGACCAUCGUCUUCUGGUCUUAUUACGCUUAUGUGGUGGAACUCUGUUAUUAUACUAUAAAAAGUUAUGUUCAAAAAGCAUUCUAUCUGUUCUUCUUCCACAUCUUGUUUCUAUUAUUCCUCUGGUCAUACUGGCAAACAGUCUUUACGGAACUUGGAAGGGUGCCGGAAAAGUUUAAAAUACCCCCUGUUGAAAUGGAAAAACUUCAACAAGCCGAAAGUGAGGAAGCUCAAAGGCAAAUAUUGGAACAGUUUGCCCAAGAUCUUCCUAUUACUAAUCGCACAAUUAAAGGAGCAAUCCGCUUCUGUGAGAAGUGUCAAUUAAUAAAACCAGACCGGGCUCACCAUUGCAGCGUGUGUGGAACAUGUGUCCUAAAAAUGGACCAUCACUGUCCGUGGGUGAACAACUGCGUGGGCUUCCAUAAUUACAAGUGUUUCAUGUUGUUCCUGGCUUACGCUCUUCUUUACUGCAUGUUUAUCGCUGGCACUUCUUUGGAAUUUUUCAUCCGAGUUUGGAAGGGCGAGUUGGAUGGAAUGGAAAGGUUUCAUCUUCUCUUCUUAUUCUUUGUUGCCCUGAUGUUUGCAGUUAGCCUCAACUCUCUUUUCUUCUAUCACUGCUAUCUCAUCCUUCACAACAGGUCAACAUUGGAAGCGUUCAGGCCACCGAUGUUCAGAACUGGAAAGGACAAAGAUGGAUUCAGUCUUGGAAAAUACAAUAAUUUCCAGGAAGUUUUCGGUGAUAAUUCACGUCUCUGGUUCUUCCCCGUUUUUACUAGUCUUGGGGAUGGAAAUGUCUACCCUGUACGAUCGCCGCAUCAGGGUGGUUCUAACACUUACAACUCCAUGGGCAGUACUCAGAACAGCUUUGGAGAUGGGAUUACUUUUCCUGAGCGGCUAUGCGAUGAAGAUACCCACACUUUGCUUGGCGAACCACAACGGUGGGGAGAUGAGGCUGAGCUCGACUCCCCACCACAUUCUGGCGCUUGUUCAGGUACAACUUUGAUGAAAUGAGUUUGGUAGAAGAAGCCACUAUUCUGGCCCUUGGCACUGGCACUGCUGUCGUAGGGAAUCCAGGGAGCGAUGUGAGUGAACCGCUUGUGGAUGCUGAAAAAGCUGUUUGACAACGGCUCAUGCAAUACCUCAUAAACCCUUUCAAAAUAAAUGAGGAGAGCCGAAUCUGCGUUAACGUAGUUAAUUACCAACAUUUGAGAAGUUCGGUGGCAUCGAACUAUGCACAGUUAAAAUAACUCGUAUUGUUAUGUACAACGUUUAUCGCUUUUGAACAAACAUAUAGAGUUAUUAUUUAUAGAGGACCGGACUCAAUUUGCUUAUUUUUAUGACUGUAGUUAUUUCGAGUUUUACUUCUGAGGAAAUUUAUUUUCAAUUUAUAAAAUCAGCUCUGCUCUUGAUUUGAUCAAUUAAUCAUGUUAUUAGAGCAUUGGUACUUUUGACUAUACACACAUAGCCGAUACUUUUACUGAAAUUAACGAAAGACUUUUCGUUCACAACUAUUUUGGAAUACCCGUUUGAUGCCGGCUCAAUAUUUAUACUAACAAUAAGUUUAGUUUCGAUCAACUCGUAUCUAUCCUCAUCAAAAGUAUUGAUUAGCUAUAGGUCAAAAUAUUAUAUCGGCCGAGAUUUCAGUUCUGAGUCAAAGAAAGUAUACAGAUACGAUGUCAUUCAGACUUCUUCGUCUCUUUCAAGCUCUUGAACAUCAUAACAGCUAUUCAGUUUGUAAAUUUAAGAAAAAUCACCGAAUACCUAUUUUUAUGAAUCACUCACAUAUUGUGAAUAUAUAUUACGUUUCUUUUUGUUUUUCAAUUUCAUAGCCGUAAAGGCUUUCAAGUGUUAUCGUCUGAUUUACUUUUUAUACAUAUAAAAGAGUAUAGAUAACGUAUUCUGGGUGUCAAAUGACGAUGAAAGAUGUAAGAAGAUUAUGAAAGUAUUUGAAUCUUUAUUAAUGAGCUGUAAAUUAUUGCUUGAAUAUUAUCAUUAGAUUAUUUGCUUCCUGUGCAGAGGUAUUUUUGAUUAGCCAAUAUUAAUUUCAUUUGUUAAACAUCACAGGACAAGCUGCUGCUUAUCAUUUUUUACGAUUACAAUAAUUACUAUUCAUUAAUGGUGCAAUGGCCACUUGAUAUGCUAGAUAGAUGUUCUACAUAUGGAGAUAAGUUUGUUACAAAAGGUGUACGAAUUAUGAAAAUGAAAAACAAUCAUCGAGUACACUGUAAACAGUUAUCGUUACAGAAUUAAACUAUGUAUUUGGUCACAUCGUAAUUGUAGCAUUGAACAAACAUAUUGACAAUAUAAUUAUGCAAUAAGAAAAUGUUUGAAAGCACACUUAGAUAGCUAUUUUAUUCAUUGUGAGGAAAUUGUGCUUUUAUUGUGUGACAAAGUAUUGUUACUCUAUUCUAAAUUUUUUCUUUAUAGGCAGCACGAAUAUGCUAUAAAGUGUGCGAUUGUUGGUUCAAAAUUUUCACAAUAAGAUUCCUUGCUUUAUUUACUAUAUGAGAUUACUGUUUAUUUUUUAAAAACGUCUUAGCACUCGACAUUAAUUAUUAACGUUAUUGCUUUGCAAGAGAUGCCAUCACGCUUCUACACAUGCAGUAACACAUAUGUAUGCAGAAAAUAUCCUAUGUUUCUGCGAUACCUUAUGUCAUUCAUUAUUGCAUUUUAUUUUUUUUAACUAAAAUCACAUUUUUUAUGUAAAACAAUCGCUUUUGUUAUUCUAUAUCAUAUAAAUUCUGCCUCUGAAUCUUGUAGGUAUUAAAGAAUUGGGGAAUGGAUUAGCAACGUCCCGAUACGUUCGAGUUUAUCAAGAGAGCAUAAUAAUCGAUCCCAAGCCAAUGAAAUUAAUUUGUAUUGAUACGCGUGUUACCUGAUCUGCGCACAAUUUGAUGUAUGUACAUAAGAUUUCGUACGUGGGAAAUAUUCUCCAAAUACAAUACGUACUUAAAUAUUCCCAUUGGUGGUGGUAACGAAUGGUUGAAUGGUAUGUAUAAUGUAAGGACAAUACUUAGCAUAAGCAUAUGCAAAUUAUUGAGCGAGUUGCAUACUGAAAUUUUUUUUUUUUUUCUGACUGAAUUUUCUUUUUUGGUAAAGUCACUCUUAAUACUGUGCAAUAAAUCACUGACUGCUCGUGUGAACUCGGGACUGUGUUAAAUUAUAGUAUAACUUUACUCACUUUUAUAACUUUGUACAUUACAAAAACUACACCUGCUGCAGCUUUAGCCCUUAUAGAUCUCAGUUUAUACGAUGAGUUUCUUUUGCUAGGCUACUGAAGUUCAUUUAAUUCUAAUUUCACCAGCUAUACAUUUUAUUUGGGGCUAAUAUCUGCAAUAUUGGCAAUAAUCUUAUUAGUGUUUUAAGUUAUCCGAGUCUUUUUCACUUGUGGACUCAAUAAUCAAUCAAAUAUCUAUCAUGUGGUGAAUUUCCACACUCGACUAUUAUUGAUCUAAGAAAAUAAGUAACCACUAGAAACGAAAAGUAAAUAAUCGAGUAUUUAGACAAACUAUUCUAAAAUUUGAAGAUAAUCUACCAAGGAGUCAGAUACUGCUCACACCCUAUUUUACGAUAAUAUUUCUUGAUAGAGUGCUUCAAAAAUAUUUGAGGCUUCUAGGCGCUGAUACGUCCUUGUCCUCAAUUAAACUGUAACUUGGACUUUUCAUAUCUGAAGUAUUUUCAUUCAGCUGGUACCAGGCGUUGAAAUGCACCACUCGACGAGUACCAAACAUAAGUACCUGCCAGUGCUGAUUUUUUAUCGUAGAAAUUUUUUUGUGAUGGAUAGUCAGUCAAUAUGGUGUAAUGUUUUUAUAACGUCAACCAAAUUAUCAUCCGAAGGGUUCAGAAAUCAUUUUUUAGACUUAUGUCAAAAAAUCUUAACCAGAGACCUAAUUUCCACCUAAUAAUGGAGCUGAAUACAGCAUAAUUUUUGUAAGCUCCGCACAGUAUAUGUCUAUAAUGCAGCAGCAAUAGAAUUUUAUAUAUAAUUUUAUGUAUUGUAAAUAAUAUAUAUUGUGUCUAUAUUGCUAUACCUAAUCAGAAAUACAAUAAUAAUAUUGUAUGGUAAUAAACAUGCGCGUGUUUCGUUUUUC